CGUAGAAUAAGACUCAGAGGUGGGAGAACUCGAGGCAGAUACUUAGGCAGUGAUGUAGGAGUAGCUGACGAGAGUCUCAACUAUCUCAUUCUGGAUUUUGCAGAGUACAAUACAAGCAAGAGUUCAAAGGAAGCACCAGCUUCCCUCGCAAGUGUGUUCAUUCGGAUCCCACUACAAAGCGGUGAAGCAUGGGGUUUAAUUCGAGGGAGAGGUAGCCGUGUUUGCAGUAUGAUCCGCCUGACGCCGGUUUCAACAAGCGCACCCUCUUGACUUUUGCUGCACUCCCAAAUAUCACUACCCGAUUGAGGCGGACGGCUCCAUGUUUUCUUACGCAUUGAGUCCAUGGUAGUACGCUGUCUUGAAGUGGUCCUUUUUUUUUUUUUUUACUUUUAUCACUUUUUUUCAAAAAAAACUUCCGGCUUUUAGAACCGAGCCAAUACUUGUAAACGACUCCUCACCUUCAGUACGACAAGAAUCAUGACGACAGUAGGAAGAGCUAUGGAUCCUGUUGGUAGCAACAUUGUGCCAGAAGAGGAAGGUGACGGUGCUCAGCAUCUCGACGAUCUUCUGGAAGAAUUUUACUCGUUCAUGUACGAGAAGGCUGUGCUGGCAGGACCGACGGGAACGAGUCCAUCGAAGUCGAAGGUUACAGGCAAGAAUAAAGGUGGAGCUGGUUCCCCACCGCGUGGAUCUUCGCUGAUGCAUGAUACACACAACAAGCAAGUUGUUGGCGGACCUUCUACUACUAAUGCCCCAGUCUCAACGUCCCUUUCGAGAGAAGUUAUGGAUGCGUUGUUACCACCAAAAACUUGGAAGGAUGCACAGGGAAAGUGGCAACGUAUGGUGAGUAUGUUACCUGCAACACGAACGGAAACCCAGCGCCUUCAAGAGACCUUCGAUCAGCUAUUAAAGCUACACCAGGCACGAGUGCACGCGAUCUGUCCCGUACGAGAGAAAUUUUUCUUGCAAGUUUUCGAGGAGCUGAUUCGCGAAGUUUCCUGCGAGUGCCCAGAGCGAGGUUUGAUGCUGCUGCGUCUACAUAAUGAGCUGCGACUUACAGUCGAGGCGUAUCAGACGCUCUAUCAUAAUAGCAUCGCGUAUGGGAGGCAGAAGGCAGUUCAAGCCGAGGCUGGCAUUGGUGCGCUUGAAAAAGAAAUCAGUCGCCUGAAAGCUGAGCGUGAGCUUCUUGAAUCUAAGAAAAAGGAACUAACGCACAAAGUUAUGUUCUUGGAGAAACAACACAGCGAGGAAGAGAAGAAACGACAGCUUCGUCACGCUCACACAGUGCAAUUCUUGCAGACGCAGUGCCAAGAAUUAGAGCUUUUUCAUCGUGAAAUGACACAAGACCCGACGUGGAAAUAGAGCUUCACGUUAAAAAGAAAACUUUCAAAUAUUGCAGAUAUUCGGCCUUGAUUAGGUCGAUUUCUCGUC